CUUUAGCCAUGCUUGGGAUCUUUCUGUUAUUUGGGUCUCCAUAUCUUAAGUCUACUCUAAAAUCACCUUAACUAUCUUCCUUAUUAUAGUUAUUCCUCUGCCUGUUAAUAUUAAGAGAACUUUGACCUUGCUAUUGGUGGCAAGGGGCUCAUUGUGCAAAUAUUUAAAUACUGUACCUGGAAAGUUCUACUCAAAUAUUUUGGCUACAUACUAAAUGUAUAUUUAUAUAUUUAAAUGUAAAAAGUAACCAUUAUCUGGGUAAUGUUGAUAUUAUUAAAAAGAAAUGGAAGAAUACCAGAUUUAAUUUAGGAAUAAGUUAAAUUAUUUGGAUAAUGGACUUUUGCACUUGGCGUUGGCGCAGUAGCAUCUCCAGGAAACGCGAUGUUACAGUUAAUAUUUGAUCAGAAAGCAAGAUCUUCGGGAUUACUUAUGAUAAAGAGGUUUUUCUUGUCCCAGAGGGAAAGACCAGUGCUGACUUUGUUUACAAAGAAUCCAUGUCCUCUUUGUGAUGAAGCAAAAAAAACUCUUGCACCAUAUAUGGACAGGUUUGUUCUAGAGCAAGUGGAUAUAACUCAGCCGGAGAAUGCAGCCUGGUAUGACCGAUAUAAGUACGACAUUCCCGUUUUUCAUCUAAAUGGACAAUUCCUAAUGAUGCACAGAGUAAACAUUAAGACACUAGAAAAGCACCUUGGUAAACUGGAACAACAACAUAAAUAAUAUUGACAAACUAGGCGUUUUUCUGUACUCUUGUCUUACAGGUUUGAAACUUCUAGAUUUUCUUAUUGUUUCAUGACUUAUGUACAUUAGUCUGUUUAGACCCUUCUAGUUUUCUAUGUCAUUGUUAUUCAUUAUUCACUGAUGCAAAUACAGAGAAAGCACAGCCAAAUGUGGACCUGGAAAAAAAAAUUAUUUGGAUAAUCCCAAUGUUCUCAAACACAAGUGCAGAUAAUAUUCAAGGCUAUUUACAGUUUGAAAAACAAACUUGUGGUGUCUAACGGGUAUUCUUAACUUCUCUUCCUUUGGGUUUAACUAAACCAUAAACCAUAAUAUACAUCAAACAUCCAAACCAAUGUAUCAAUGCACUUACAGUCUUCUCUGUGUUUUACUUACUAAACAUAAUGAAGUGAAACCCUCCUACAAGUUAUAAGUAAUGGUAAUCAUGACAUUUAGGUGCAAGUCAUAAAAACACUAUGAAAUAUUCAUGCAAAAAAUAAACAUAAUGAGGUCCAUUUAUGAAACUCACAAGUUUUCCUGUAAUACAAAAUUCAUUCCAAGUCUUUGCAUUUUGCCAUUCAUCGCAGAGAAAACAAUAUUUGCCAAGCAGAGAGCUGAUCAAAAGCCAUAUAAAAGGGAAUCACAGAAUUAUGAUUAAAGGAACUUAAGUGGUGCAUUAUGGUCAUUUUGAGAAAUGAAGCCCAUAUAUGUAAAUUUUAAAAUAGGGCUAUGUAUUUUCAAUUUGACUGAGAGCAGGGCUUUGAUUGAAGUAUUGCAGGACUUUAUUUUCUUGAGCUAGACCCAUGUGACCAUUUAUUUUUGCUUAUUGUCCUUCUAAAACGUUUGUCCAAAUGUCAAUUUCUUGAAAAAAGUCUCAAACCAUGUGGAUGACUGUAGGUAUACUGUUGGUGACUCUGUAUGUGUAGGUGACUGUACAUGUAUGUGCUCCAAAACAGAGCAGACCUCCAUGGAAAAAAAGUCAGAAAUAAAAAUAGUGAAUGUUAUUUAAGGCAAAAAGUAAUUUCCUGGUGAGUUGCUAAUUCAUUCUCUUCCUACUAUACCGCUGAACAGGAUAUUUCUAAUGGUGAAACAUACAUUUAUUGUUCUUUAUUGAAAAAAUAUAAUGUGUAAAAAAGCAAUUACUCGAUCUAAAAUUUAAGAGAGGAAUAGGACUAUUUCAUAUGUUAUGUUAUAUAUUAUGUAUGUGAUAUUAUUUUGGUCUGAUACAUGAGCUGAUUAGAUGAAAGUGCACUGGAGAAGAAGCACAGAUUGGACUGGAUUUUUUGCCACAAUUAGAUAUUAAGAAUGUAUAAUCAGUCCCCAAACAUCCUCAUCUGUAAGAAAUCUGGCUAACUAAAGGUCAAAUUGCAUAAAACCAAUAAUUUGACCUGCUUGCACUUCAGUCAACCACUAACCUUUCACACAUACAGUACUUAUGGAGGUUAUUAGUGAACCUGAUUUUCCUUUAUCAGUGAUCAAAUAGGAUAUCAUUUUAAUAGUUCUGAAUGAUUGCCAAGGGCUACACACAGAACAGGUGAACUAAUUUGCUCUAAUAUCUGUCCCAAUGUCAAUGUAAAUUCCAAGAAAAUAUUCAGAGGACUAUUGUAGACAAAGACAACCUUAAGGCCAUUUGUAAGUGACCUUCUUUUUUAUAUAUUGUGUUUUUUUGCCAAUUAAGCUUUUUUUGUCUAGCAUCUC